UAUUCCGGUUAGUCGUAUUGUGCGGGCCGCGAAAAAAAGAUGACAGACAACGCAGACAAGGAACAAUUCAAUGACGACGAAUUGGAGGCUCCGGCAUGGCUGAAUGCACAGUUUAUUGGCGAAGUUCUGAGAACCUACGAAAAGGCUCCCGAACUGACAGUAACCGAUCUGAAAAUCACACCCGCAAGUGCCCAGGGAGAUCACUAUGCCAGCGUUAUGUUCCGAACCACUGCCAAAUAUACCACAUCGAAGGGAGAGUUCUCCAAACCGCUUAUCAUCAAGACAAUGCCCGAGCAGGAAGGUCACAAGAAGGAAAUGCUGGCCGAAUCGCAUUUGUUUUCCACCGAAAUCGGAGCCUACACCAAAGCUCUUCCGGAAUUCGAAAGGAUUCUGCGAGAGGCAGGAGAUAAUACUAAGUUAUAUGUGCCCUGCAUUUAUCACAGUUUGGAACCGCGACAGGUGAUGAUAUUCGAGGAUCUUGUACCGCAAGGAUACUCCGUCAUCCGAAAUCGCCCGGUUACGCUAGAGGAGUUAAAAAAAGUCUUUGCCAAACUAGCGAAAUGGCAUGCAGUCAGCAUGAAGGUUAUGAAUGAGCAACCCGAUUUCCUGAAAGAGUUCCGGUAUGGCUUGAUCGAGAUGCCCACCCUAAUGACCGAUCCUAUGGUUACUACUGGAAUGGAAAACUUUAUGAACAUGCUAGAAAAGAUACCCGAACUCACCAAGUACAAGCCGCAUUUUGAGAAAAUAAAGAUUGAUUACCUGCAGCGUAUGAGCGACGUGAUGCAGGAGUACCGAAAGAACUUUCAAUCUGACGGCUACUAUGUUAUGUCUCAUGGUGAUUUUCAUCUCCGCAACAUGAUGUUUAAAGGCGACAAGGACGUCAUGUUCGUGGAUUUUCAAAUCUGCAAUCUGUGUCCCUCUACAGUCGAUCUUACAUAUUCCAUCUAUAUGUUAAUGGAACCGGAACAGCGAUGGGAUCUUGGAAAAGAUCCUAUUAACCACUACUUCUCCGUUUUGAAGGACACUUUGAAGAAAGUGGGAUACAAGGCCGAGAUGCCCACCCAAAGUGGCCUGUGGAAGCAAAUUCACCGACACAAGUACUAUGACUUCUUUCUUAUGAGCACCUUUUUACCAAUGAUGCUGGCCAUUAAAGCAAAUCAGCUGAAAAUGAUCGACAUUAUUCAAGACCCGGAAACCAGAAAGAAAGCCUACUUCUUAGAUUUAUACGUUGAAGAUAUCAAGAAGCUUCUCCCCAAAUUCGAAGAAACUGGAUAUUUUAAAGACCUUUAAAUUUUGUAUGUUAAAGUCUUGUUUUCGCUAUAAUAGAAUAAGCAAAAACAGUCGUGACGAUCUCACCUUUAACUUGCAUAAUGACUUAUUUCAAGUGACUUCUUUGGUACUUACUAUGAAAAAGUAAAAACGUUUUUGACCAAAUUAAAAUAAAAAAAGGAUUUAAAAAAAAAACAACACGGUUUUAAAGUUAUGUAUGAGUACUGUAAAUAAUUGAUUGUUUUGC